CUUUUUCUCUCUCACACACACAGACACAGACACAAACACAAACACAAACACUGUGUCUAAAUUCCGAUAUUGCCCCCAUGGUGGAGGCACAGUCAUGGACAACACGCCGGAGCAGCAACCCUAGGCUCGAGACCUCCGUUGACAUCCCCUCUACGCCCACGGGAGAAGUUCGGUACGGCACCACUAAUAACAUCUUCGCUUCCUUCUCCGCCACAUCAUUCGUCUCUCCGACCAUACUCACUGCACUGAUCAUCGCUUCAUGGUACUUUUCCAAUAUCGGUGUUCUCCUUCUUAACAAGUACCUCCUUAGCUUCUACGGCUAUAAAUAUCCGAUCUUCCUCACAAUGCUUCACAUGAUCUCAUGUACUUUCUACAGUCUCAUCGCAAUUCGUUGGUUCCAAAUCGUGCCGUUCCAACAGAUUUUAUCGCGAAAACAGUUUCUGAAGAUCUUUGCAUUAUCCGCAAUUUUUUGCUUUUCGGUUGUUUGUGGAAAUACGUCAUUGAGAUACCUGCCUGUUUCGUUUAAUCAAGCUAUUGGCGCCACUACGCCGUUUUUCACGGCCAUCUUUGCUUUCCUGAUUACUUGUAAGAAGGAGUCUGCAGAGGUUUACUUAGCGUUAAUGCCUGUUGUGUUCGGUAUCGUUUUGGCGAGUAAUAGCGAGCCGUUGUUUCAUUUGUUUGGUUUUUUGAUGUGUGUGGGCUCGACCGCCGGCAGAGCUUUGAAAUCUGUGGUGCAAGGGUUGUUGUUAACUUCAGAUUCGGAGAAACUACAUUCAAUGAAUCUAUUGUUGUAUAUGGCGCCAAUGGCAGCCACGAUAUUAUUGCCUUUCACUUUGUAUAUAGAAGGGAACGUAUUCGCAAAGACUUUGGAUAAAGGGAGGAAUGAUUCGUUUAUGGUGUUUCUGUUGAUCGGAAAUGCUACGGUGGCGUAUUUGGUGAAUUUGACCAAUUUUUUGGUCACCAAACAUACGAGUGCCCUGACGUUGCAGGUGCUAGGGAACGCCAAAGCCGCUGUUGCAGCGGUUGUGUCUGUAUUGAUUUUUAAGAAUCCGGUGACGGUCAUGGGGAUUUCAGGGUUCGCCGUGACGAUAAUGGGAGUGGUGCUUUACAGCGAGGCAAAGAAGAGGUCUAAAACUACAGCUCAUUGACAGCCAAAAAGAAAACAAACACACUGGUGCGAGUUCUCUGUUCUUUUGUUCUUCAUCUGAUGCCAUUAAGAUUCCAAUUUGUUACAAUAUAAGAAAAGGCCUAUAGAGAAUUUGGGAUAAAGAAAAAGCAAUGAACAGAACACAAUUCGAUUCAAUUGGAAGAUAUGAUCAAUUGAAUCUGGAAAGGGAAAAGGGGGUUGUGUUUUGUUUCUGUUUCUUUUUCAAAUUUCUGCUUUAUUGCAUAGUUGUUCUUGAUUUGGGGCGUGUUCAAGUGGGGGAGAAAAAACAUUCUCCUCUCCGCCUUCUGUUUGUAAUACGAAUUACAUGAUAAAUUCUUCAAGUUAUAUGAUAUUGUUGUUGUUAACUCUAAAA